UGUCGACUUGUAGAUACUUUAGGAUGUUAUAACUUCGCUUUGAGACUGAAAUCGGUCGUACUAUGACUUCUUCUUACGUUUUUGUUGAGGGAAAAGACAGCGACAAAGAGAAGGAAGAUUCGGAUUUAGAAAGUGGAAGCGACGAUGAAGGCUUCGAAGACGCUGAUCAAGAUUUUGAUUUCGUUCUCAAGCCAUCGCGUAAACUUCGCAAUGGUGUGAAGAAAAUGCAAGAAAUGGAAUUUAGAAACGAUCGAUUUCGUCUUAAGCAGGACAUAAUCCGAGUGCGUGGUAAAUUUGAUGAGCGUUUUUCUCAUCCUUGGUGGAGAGUGGAAUUCAAAUUGGACGCGUUGAAAUCUUCGACGAGCUUUAAGCACGCUACUUCACUGCCUUCGUAUAGUAUUCGAACGGAUGACGAUGUGAAUAAAAGCUUGCUGUCGCAGUUCCUCACCACAGGUUGUGAAGUGAAUGAUCAACACGUCACGAUAUUGCUGGAGUUUCUUGAGAGGAAAAAUUUGAAACCCACAUUUGAGGAUCUGGUUACAAACUUGGAGAAAUUUGCUGAAACCGACAAAGAGGGUCACGACAUUGCUGAGCAGAUUACAGCAGCGCUGGACCGUAAGCCAACUGGUAAAGCCUUCACUGUUCCUUUGUUUACCAAGUAUGCUCAUCGGCUGUUUCCUCGUCGUGUUUGUUCAAUCUUUGAGGAAUCUUCUAAGGAAGAGCUGGAAGAGCUUAAUGAGGCCUUAAAUAAAGAACCCUGGGUUUUUGGUUAUUGGAGUGUUCUCAAACAAAGAUUUAAUCUCUCAAGCUGUGAGGUAAAGCUGGAAUCAUUUGAAGACUGCAAUCUACUUGACCAAAUGCCAAUUGCCAAGCAAGAUGCAUUGCACAUAUAUAAUGCCCUUUCACGAUUGCUUCGUAAGUAUGGCCAUACUUAUGUAGAAUUCAAGAUGCUGACAAAGGAGCUAAAUGGAGUCAGAAACUGGAAAAAAAGUCUUGACUAUUUGAGAGAAAUUGAUGUUGUAGGGACUUCUGAAGACCAUCUGGGUGACAAUCGGCAUGUCUUUUUGACACAUAUUCGUCGUUAUGAAGAAGGAAUUGCAAGAAAUGUUGUUGCAGUCAUGGAUGAAAAACCUUGGACAAGUAAUGUGGAGAUUGAUGAGAAAGUAUUUAAUGGUGAUAGAGACCAAAUUCGUGCAGCCCAACUCAUAUCAACAAAGCCAGUUGCUGUGCUCUCAGGUAGGGGUGGCUGUGGUAAGACAUUUGUUGUGUCAGAAAUCUUGAAAAAGGCACUAGAGGAAAAAAUGGAAAAUUUCCUCCAAGAGAACCCUGUAAAUUCACUUGAAACAAAUAUGGACACCUCUGAAGGGCAAGAUAAGCAUGCAAUCAUUCGGGAUUACCCUGAUGAUUAUGAAAUCACUGAAACUGAUCCAGGCAGUAAAGAAGAUGAAACUUCAUCUCAUAAUGUUGACAAGAAACUUAAAGAGGUAAAUGAAGAAGUUUUGCUAACUGCACCAACUGGUAAGGCUGCCUCCAUCCUAGGGAAAAGAAUUGGGAUUCCUGCACACACACUGCACUCAGUCAUCUUCACAUUUCUCCACUGGAAGAAUCAGGUUGGAAAUGUCAAUGAUUGGAAAUUCAGCAAAGUUCAUCUUCUAGUGUGUGAUGAAUGUAGUCUGGUGUCAGUGAGGGUGUUCUACAAGCUGAUCAGCAUUUUGCGUCAGUAUGCCCAUCUUAAACAAGUGAUUCUCUUGGGGGAUGUAAACCAACUUCCAUCCAUUGAGCCUGGGAAUUUUCUGGGUGAUAUCUUCCACACAUUGGAGAAAAAUGGCUUCUGCAUCACUCUGCAAACCAACCACCGAUCAGAUUCAGAGCUUAUUGUUCAAAAUGCUGGAAAAAUAUCAAUGCAGCAGAUGCCAUUUUUUGAUUCAGAAAGAGGUUUCUUCUCAGUUGAAUACAAUUGUAAUGACGACGGUGAGAGUAUCACUGUAACUGAAAUUAUUAAAGACAUACUGAAAAAUGAGGCAAACCCUUUUAUCCUGCCCAAACCUGAAGACUCUCAAUUUGUUACAUUGCGACGAAAAGACUGUGACAACAUUAAUGAACUAUGUGCUCUCCAUUACAACAAACACUGCAUCAAAGACCACCAUGGCAAACUAAAAUUUGAAAUUGGAGACAAAGUUUGUGUAAGGCAUAACAUGCUGUGUCUUGAUCAGUAUGAAAACGAAAUUGUCAAGAUUUGUAAUGGAGAGAUAUUCUUCAUUAGAGAUAUCAUUCAGGAACAAGACGAAAGGAGCAAAAAGAAAAUUUUUUACUGUCUAGACGAUGGUGAAAAGAUAAUAAAGGUUGAUUUCAAGACACUGAAAUCAGCCAAACUGAGUCAUGCUUGGGCAAGAACUAUUCACACAUUUCAGGGCUCAGAGUGUGACACAAUUGUCUAUGUGGUGGGAAAUCCGUUUUACCAGAACUGGCAGCAUGUGUACACGGCGAUCACCCGUGGCGUGCGGCAAGUUGUAUUGGUUUACAAGCACAUUUCCUUGUCACGUGCUGUUACGUCACUUCCUGUACCGCGUAAGACUAAAUUGAAAGAAGACAUGGUGAAAGCUCUGAGAAACCGAAAUCAGCUUAAUAAGCUUGAUGGGGUGAAGACCAACGCCCAAAUUGCCCCAGAUCAUGGAGAUGGUGUCGAGAAUGCGGUUUCUCUCCUGCCCUCUGAUGACAUGAAAGAGGCCACUGUAAGGUCAGUACUAGAGGCUCACUGCGAAGAUCAACAAAGGGUAUUAGGGGAAUGUUCUUCAGGAACAUCAUCCUCCUUCAGCGCUGCAAGAUGUUCAGAGGAUUUUUGUAUCUCGAACAAAAAUCUGAAUAUCAAAAAUCACCAGAAGGAGCAAGACACGAGCUAUGUCCUUGCUCCAAAUAGAGAUCUAUCCUCUCACGAAUUGGCCGAAGACCACCGUCAAGAAAUGGCUGUGGUUGCUGCAGAGGCCAGAGACUCCCAACAGAUCUCUGGUGGUUCCCCUCUGAAGGUAAAGUGUGGCUUGGAAGCCAUUUUUGAAAGUCCGGGCGGCAAAAGGAAACAUCCAGAAAACGUCAAACAGGACGGCCAGGAUAUCUUGGACUCAAAGAUCUAUCAGAGCCCGACGCAAAAAAGAAAGUACCCUGAAGGCAUCACUCCUUUAUCUCCUCCGCAAACGCCACCUUACCUUGGAAAAUUUCCAUCGUCUCUUUCAUCAUUUAGCCCCUUGAGCCAGACCUCAAGAGAAAUCAAGCAAGCCGCUGAUAAAAAGCCAGCUACCACAGGAACUACUGCAAAAUUCAACACCAAGUGCAAGGUCUGCGGAGGUCCAAUUCAUGCUGGCAAAGACCAAAUAACUCAUCUCUUCGAUGGCUCCAAAAAAUCUUGGAUUCACGUUAGGUGUUCAACCAGUGAUGCGCAGUAAGCACCGACAAAAACGUCGAAAAGAAGAUGAUAUCGAGGCUUUUGAGCGAUUUAAAAAUGGUAAAUGAAAUCUGUGCCGUUGGCAAUUGAAGUAGUUCUUAGAAGUUGCAGUUAUCAACUUUCUUUUGUUUUAAAAAUGAGACAUGAGUAAGUGCAAUAUAUAGAUUUAGCCAAGCCUAAAAAGC